AUGUAUUUAUAAUGAUUUCAUGAUUUCAGUCAGCUAUGAUAAUCGAUUAGGUCACUAGGAUCGGCCCGAUAGUAACCAGUUGAUUGGGUGCAAGACUGGCCUUUGUUGUUUGGCAUUGUUUAAAUUGUAUAUAAACGCAGGUAGUCAUGUGCAUUCUUCAUUCUCACUGCGACUUUUCGUUUUUGUUUUSCUUCUUUUGAUCUCGAAGGCAGUCAAAUAAGAACAUUCGACGACACUAMAAAUGGGUAACAGCAGCAGCAGCAGCAAUGGUGGGAGCAARCAGAAGACUGGUAAAGACUGGCAAAGUAAAGUGUACUUUGACCCUCACGCAGAUCAAGAAGGUCCAAGGCACGAGAUUUCCAAGGAUGAUCUUGAAGCAGUUGCUGGGCUACCCUUCACUGACUACGACCAAGUCCGAGAUAUCAUACAAGAAAGUGAAGUGAUUGAAAGGAUCUGGGCUUAUAAAUGCCCGUUAUUCUCAUUCCAGAUGACCCAAGCCUUGCUGUAUCACGAAUUUAUUGUGAUUAGAACAAAUCAGUGGUGGUGGUCAAUCGAGAAAAAUACUCAGGGUAUUACAGUACAGAGAGGCAUGGAACUCGCCUCAGUCAAAGACCACUACAGACGAGGCAACCGUAACACUCCCAUAGAAGAAAUGGCGGUAGAUAACGCACGRCAAAACCGGGAAAUGAGGGAUGUGCUKGAGUGGUUUUUCUUUGAGAACCAACUCAAUCAAGAUUACCAUUGGAUCAAAGACAACUGUCAGGUUUUUGGCAAUAAAUUGUUUAACGAGUUUGCUGCCAAUAGACGUUUGUAAAAUGUUCCAUUGUCCAUYUAUUAGUCAAUAAAAAUACAUGAGAGCAAUAGA